AUGAAAAGUUAAAUUUUUAUCUUAUUUGGAAUUUUUGUAGCUUUUGUUGUAUACUUGAGAACAUUAGAGAUUAAUGAAUAAGUAUAAAGACUUAAAUUUGCACCUGAAGUCAAUACUCCUGGAGAUGUAUUAAAAGAUGGAAAUUUAGUUGUGAAUGGAUUUGCAAGAAGAGAUAUUAGGAAAUUUGAUUCUUCUUAAAUAUCUUUAUUAAAUAGAUUGUUUAGAUUCAAAUAAUGGGAUUAUUUCCAUCUUGUAACAUCUGAUAUUUAUCUUGCCAUUGCUUUUGUAGAUUUGGGAUAUGUACAAAGCAUUUAAUUUACAUUUUAUUCUGUCAAAAAUAAUUACUUCAUUCAUAAGGAUAAAGUAGUGUAUCCAUUUUAAACUAGACAAUUUACUUUAGAAGAUGAAUGUACUCUCAAAGGUAAUUUAACAAGAACUUUUAAAUCUGAUUCAAUCUAUGUAGAAUAUAAAGGAUGGUUACAUAAUGGUAUUGAAAUGAGAAGUAUCUAAAUUAUUUUUGAUGGAUUUGAUGCUUCUUUUAUUAUGGAAUCACAUUAGAAAGAUGAUCUAUUUAUAUUAAAACCUUUUACUGAAAAAGGAGAUAAAUUUUUCUACAGUAGAAAAGCAUAUGGAUGGCAUGCAUAUGGCUCAAUUAAAUAUGAUAAAUAAUCCCAUAAAUUUACAAAGGCAAAUGCUGGUAUGGAUUAUGGUAGAGGAAUCUUUAAUUAUGCAACAUUCUGGUUAUGGGUAUCAGGUAUGGGAUUCUCAUAGGAUCAUAGAAUUGGAUUUAAUUUGGGAGCUGCUGGAGAUAAUGUUAAAGGUAAGGAAACAUCAGAUGAAGGUAUAUUUAUAGACAAUGAAUUAUUUAUUCUUAGUGAUUUGGAAUAUAGUUUUGACCUUAAUGAUCUUAAUAAGAAGAUUAUUGUAAAGGGAAAAGAUUUUUAUUUAGAAUUCAUUCCAAAAACAACUCAUCUUUUCACUGAAGAUUUAUUAUUAAUAGAUGUUAAGUUUAGAUAGUUGAUAGGAGUAUUCAAUGGAAAAUUUAAGGAUAUUGAAUUCUCAGAUAUUGUUGGUCUUGUUGAACUUAAUAGAGCUAAAUGGUGAU